AUGCCGAAAUCGAGGCAGUCGCUAAAGUUGCGUCAAGUUACAGCAUUGAAGUUGCCAGAUGACGACAACUCCGGAGAACGAGUAAAGCAGUAUCUGGAAUCUCAGCAUACCAUCAACAAUAAGGGCCUAAGCACACUUCCAGUUGACAUAGAUAUCUGUGGAUCCAUAGUCAGCAAAACUCUAGAUACAGGCAUAAAUUCAAAAGAUCAAGUGACACCUGGCAACGAUUUAAAUCCUUUAUCUCCUCCCAUCCCAACGACACAUCCGAGCUUUAUACUACCAACUCCUCCGCUAGCUGUAUCGCAAGGAGAAAUGUGAAAAGAAUCACUCCCCGUUUCUACGAUCAGGAGAGAUACGUCGCCUCACGUCUUUGCCUGGUACAAUGCAAAUGCCAAUGCCAAUGGAGAUUCAUUAACAAGAAUGGUGGACCUGCUCGCACAAUGACAAGAUUACGAUUCACUCCCACGUCCUCAGCCCGAUGUCUUCAGUGGUGAUCUACUUCAAUAUCCAAUUUGGAUCAAGGCCUUCGAGACUUUAAUCGAAAGAAAAACGAAUCAACCAUCCAAAAGACUUUAUUAUCUCGGAAAGUACACAUCUGAGGAAGCGAAAGAAGCAGUAAGCGGUCUCUUACCCUUGGACACAGAAACAGCCUACGCGAAAGCCAAGAAAAUCCUAGCGAACAGGUUUUUGUUAAUUUCUUCCUCGCCUCGAAUGCGUAUCGAAAGAAAUUGGAGAAUUGGCCAAAGAGUGCGCCGAAUGAUGGUCCAGGUCUCAGAAGAUAUUCAGAUUUUCUCCAACACUGCUGUACCGCGAUGGACAAAAUAA